CUUGCUGUCGGUAAUUAUGUGAGCCACUCCCAUUAUAUCUCAUUGUUUACAAUAAUUUUAUCACUUUGUGUCAAUGGCUUCCACAUAUGAUAACACUACCGAGACAGAAAUAGGAGAAAAUAAAAUGUUUGUACUGUUUCUAUCUAAAGUAAAGAAAAGAAAACAACUGUCAAAACAUAGUGAAAUAAAUAAUUCCUUAAAUUUUAACAGAAUUAUAUUUUUUUACCUGCUCACUGCUAGUGCUCAUUGUCAAGCGGCCGUAGUGGCCUUCCUUCACCUGAGGCUGUUUACUGUUUACUUGACUGGGUGUUUACUGUUGACCUCUCUCUACUAACUACUGCUAAAACUCAAUGCUACUCAAUCAUAUACUCAUUGGAUGUUAAAUGGGUCGUUAAAUUUAUUAAAUUUUAUUCUGACAGUUGUUUUUUUUAAUCUUUGUCAUUGUCAUGUUUUACCUGUUUUUUUUAAAUUUACAAGUUUCCUUUUGACACUACAAGUCUACGAUUGUCAGCAGUUCUUUAAUAUUUUUAUUAGUACCGGGUAAUAAAUUAUCAGAUCAUAAUGAUCAAUGAGUUAUGUUCAAUUACUAACAUAGGCCAUGCCAUAGGCAGGCGAUCUUGGCGCUAUUAGGCUGUUUUUUUUUAAACAAUUAUUUAUUUUAAAGUUGGAAAAUUAAAAAAAAGUUCUAUGUAGAAAAAAUAAUAAUAUAAUAAAAUCACCAUUAUUAAAGUUAUUAAAUUAUGAUUUCAAUUGAUUAUUUAGUUAAUCAAACUGUAAAUGUCUCCAAAAAAAAUAAAAUAAAUAAAUAACUUAGGUUCAAACAGUAAAUAAAGUAAAAAUGCACAUAAAAGAAAAAUCCCAGCAGUUCAGUUGUUUGAAUUUGACAAUUGGACAGAGUUGGCUAAAGACAAAAUGGCUUAAAAAUUCAAAUAAGUCUAUCUUCUUUAAUCUACCUCUAGUGCCACUUGGCUUGUUGUGUUUUUAUGGUUAGUGCCACCAAGUGCUGGCAAAGAUUUUUACCUCCCCCCCCACCCACCCACUUGUGCAAAAAAAAAAAAAAACCCCAAAAAACUCAGUAGUUAUACCCCUUUUCCAAAAAAAAAAAGAAAAAAAUUCCCACUAGAGCAUGGCUGUUCUCUCUUCCUAUGAUAUUUUUAGGGUUAGGCCCACCAAGGGCUGGCAAAGAUUUUUCCCCCCCCCCCCACCCCCCCACUUGUGCAAAAAAAAAAAAAAACCCCAAAAAACUCAGUAGUUAUACCCCUUUUCCAAAAAAAAAAAAGAAAAAAAUUCCCACUAGAGCAUGGCUGUUCUCUCUUCCUAUGAUACUACACUUGACACCACUGAUGUCUAGGCCUUGGGAGUCAUUCAGACAUUCAUAAAUGAAGUUAAAAACAAUUUUGGGAUUCCCCCCCCCUCCAUUUUUUCCGUUUCUCAACAAAAUUAAUGUAAUAAAUUAUAAUAACAAAUCAAAGUAGGGCCUAUUUUAGAGUGCAAAACAAUUUCAGAAUUGUAAAUUAACACAUAUAGUAAAUGAAAAAUGUUGAACCUUGCCACCUCAUUCAAUUAUUUACUGUAAACAACCAGCUGCUGAUUAUUCUAAAAUAUAAACUUAGAUUCAAUUAAACCUUAAAAAUUAAUUCAAUUCAUUUUCAUUCUGACAGCUCCACAGCCAAACCUGCAUCUACAUACUUGUGGCGUGGUUUCACUGGAGACCUAAACAUCACCACAUUUGAUGUGUUCACAAAAUUGAACGUCACAGAUGUGUCCCUUGGCUAUAAGCAUAAUCUGUUCUUGAUUGACGAUGGCAGUGUCUACAUCAAUGGUGAGAACGACAUGGGCCAGCUUGGCCUUGGUAUGCUUGACGUCAGAGUCGUGGAGGAGCCAAUCAAAGUUGAAGGAUUACCAGGUUUAGUUAAAAAUAUUUAUAUGAUGAUAUUUUUGUGUGCAUUUAUUUCAACAAAUAUACAUCCAAUUGAACUCAAUUUCAAAGGGAACGGCACAGAUGUUCAAGUUAAAAAAAAAUAUUCUAGACUUUGGCAUAAUCUUAUUAAAUCAAGAAUUUCCCUCCAGUUAAUGGUGACAUUGAUAAAGUAACAUUGAAAAUCGCUUUGUCACCUAUUUAGUGGUAGUUAGCUAAGUUAUUACACAAGUGGCAGCUAAUGUCAAACUCAUUUAUUUUUUAAGUCUGAAAAUGUAAAUAAAAUCAUUCAGUACUUAAACUAUUACUUAUACUAAUAGGUCAUGAUAGAUUCAUAAUUAGCUCUUAGAUUUUUCUCAAAUGUAUAGAAAAAAUAUAAUAGAUUUAUAAACAUUAUUUUGGGGUGUAUUAUUUUAGUUUGACACCUAUCAUUUUUUUAUGUGCCAGGAUAUUGUAGAUAGUUGAACUUUAACCCCAUUCCAGGUCAUUAUAUAUUUUUCAAUUUCACCUGAUGACUUUAUUCCACCAUACUACUUGCUCAUAACUGGGAACAUUUCCAUAUGAAUUCAAAUCUGCUACAUCUUGGUUGAUAAGCAGACAAUGCUACUAGUGUCCUACAAGCCUAUGUUCUUAUUUCACAGCAUUGCUUUUUCAUUCUAUGUUUUUUGAAUAUCAAAUCCAAGCACAAGUAUAUGUUUUUAUUAUUUUGCUUCCUCUUCUUUACAUUAAUAAUUUUAUCCAUUUCUCAGAUCGUUGCGUGCACAUAGCAUGUGGGGCACACCACAGUGCAGUCAUCACGGACACUGGCCAGAUUUUUUGUUGGGGGUCAUCAAUAGAUGGCCAGUGCGGCACAGGAAGUCUGGAUGUCGUGGACCUCCCUGCUCGAGUGCCAGUAGAGAUAAAUGAAGGCUUCUGUGCUCACGGCGUACCCAAACCUCCCAUCCCAGUAUCUGUGAAAACAGCCUCAUGUGGCACGAGUCAUACACUUGCCAUUUCAUACGGUACUGUCAAAUGUUUUUGUAUGUAAUGAGUUAGCAUAACCUUUUUAAAAAAAUAAUAAAACAAACUCUUGUCAUUACGUUUUUAGAAAUUAACCUUGUUUGUUAAUGUAGCAUAAACUAAAUAUAGAUCCAGGAUCUUUAGUUAAAGUGGGCCUCUAGAUUUUAUGACUUGGAUUAGACUAGUUAAGGACUUUACAACUAACCUGAUUUUAUGACGUGGAUUAGACUGGUUAAGGAAUUACCAACUAAUCUGAUUUUAUGGCGUGGAUUAGACUGGUUAAGGAAUUAACAACUAACCUGAUUUUAUGACGUGGAUUAGACAGGUUAAGGAAUUACCAAUUAACCUGAUUUUAUGACGUGGGUUAGACUGGUUAAGGAAGUACCAACUAACUGGUUUUUAUGAUGUGGGUUAUACUAGUUUAAUCUAACUUAAAAUCGAUUUAUUGAUUUGAAGUUAUAAAAUAAAAAUUUAAUCAUCUCUUCGAGCAGCUGUAAUUAUUGGAUAUGUGGAUACUGAUGAUAAAUCAUCAUAGUAAACAAUGGUCGGUCUGAUGUUGUAAUGGAUCAUAUCUUAGAGUAAUAUUAUAGAGUGAUUAUAAUAAUUUUAUUUUGCUUUGAGAUUAUAAUAUAACAAAUUAACUAAUAUCACAUAUAUUUAAAAAUGGGCAUUUUGAAUGUAGGCAAUGACUAAAGAUUUUAAAGGUAACCUAGGCUGGGGUACCUCGCUAUAUAAGACCAGUGUAUUACUAUUAUUAUUAUUAUUAUACUAUUAAAAUUGUAAUUGCAGAAGGAGAUGUCUGGGCAUGGGGUGCAGGACCACAACUUGGCCUUGGGGAACUUAAGCAUGCACCUUUACCACGAAGAGUGGACACGCUGAAAGGCCUUAUCACCAUGGCCGUCUGCUGCGGGGAUAAACACAGCAUGGUGCUGGUAGCGAGAGGGGAGAAAUCCCCCUCGAGGGCAGGGACUCCGAGAUCAUCUCCUAUGAAAACGAAUGGCAAGACAGAAGCCAAAGAUGUGCAGGAAGACAAGCUGUACCCGUCUCGGUGCAGCACAUGCCAGAAAGAAAUAUACACCUACACAGACACAAAUGAUAUGUGCAUCAUUGACACUCUGCACGAUUGUACCAUCAACGAUGGUAUGACCAGUGUUGACUCCACCAUUGUUGAUGAUGUUUCAUUGUCCAGUUCGUCCAAUGAAGCUUUGAAAAAAUCAUCUCCAGUGUCUCCCCUGGGAGAGGAAGAAAACCCUAAGGGAAUAGAUACGACUGGAGAAGGACGAAAUCAAACCAUUUCUGAACAUCCAGCAGAACUCAAACAGACGUCAGAACUCAAACAGACGUCAGAACUCAAACAGACGUCAGAACUCAAACAGACGCCAGAAGGAGAAACUUCAGAUUCAAAUCUGCAACCUGAGCAGCGGCCAGAAAGUAGUAACCUUAACCCUGAGACAUCCUCUGGUGGGUUGGUGGGAGAAACAAGUUUUCUAGAAACAUCUGCAUGCGACACAAGUGUGCUGGUCGUGUCUGGUGACAACCCAUUUGAUGACAGCGUUAAUCUGACAGCUAUCAAGGAAGUUGAAGAACCUCAAGGGCAUCCAGUUGAAGGAGGUGAUAACGAUGUCCAAUCGCCUCCACCAGUGCCGAGUUCCUCUACAGUAAAUGAAGAGACUAGCGAUGAAACCGUUAAUGUUAGGGCAGUGGGUCACGGUGGAUCUGAUGAUGAGGUUUGGAAAAGACGUUCUGAUUCCGAGGAAGUUGAGGAAGGUUAGAUAUAUUUAAAUAUAUGUUUAGUGACACAGACUUUUUUUUAAAGACUGUGCAAUUUAUAGAAUACAUUUUUUUUUGUUGAAACUGUACUUAUUUUAAAUUAAUUUUUUUAUAUUAGAAGUAAUCAGAAAACCAGAAAUUGGUUGAGAAAUAAAUAAUUUAUUUAAACCUUUCUGUAAUAAUUGUGUACUGCUGUUCAUAUGUUGUUUCUUAAGUUUUUUUUAAAAAGUAAUUUUGUUUAAAGUGGUUUUGCAAAAAAUUUCAUCCAACGAAAUGUUGGUUUGUAACCAAACACAAUGAACAAAUGCUAGAACGAAGAUGGCUGGUAACCAACCGCAAUGAACCUAUGCUAGAACAAAGAUGGUUGGUAAACAACCACAAAAAACAUAUGCUAGAACAAAGAUGGUUGGUAAACAACAACAAAAAACAUGCUAGAACAAAGAUGGUUGGUAAACAACCACAAAGAACAUAUGCUAGAACAAGUACAUUUCUUCCCUGUCUCUACUAAAGCUCAUUAUGUAUACUGAUGCAUGUAUAAAAUAUUCCAACAUGAUUUGCCAGAUUGGCUCUGACUGUGUAUCAGUGCCUCAGAAGUUUCUAAAAGUUGUUAAGGCUCCUCAUCUGAACUCUGCCAUAUUUCUUUACUCAGAACUUAACAAACUGUAUGCAAAGCCAAAAACAAGAUCUCCCUCUACAGUGAGUGUCAAGUCCCUGAAUCUGCUCAACCAGUCAGAGGCCUCGAUGUACCUACAGCGGCAGUUUGAAGAGGAAGUGACAGAGGCGGGCAAUGCUCCAUCAACAUCAGAUGAUGUUCCAAAGAGAGAGAAAUCCCAAACAUCUCUUGGCAAUAUGUUCGAUAUGAUGGCCCAGGUGAAAACAGUUGAUAUAUUUUGACCCUCCCUUCCUAACAAAUACUUUUAAAAAGAUGUUACAUAUUUUUUAGGUGUAACCCUUUGUUUGCACAUAAGCUUACAGACCUGCCAACCCUUACGAUUUUCUCGGAAUGAUACAGAUUUUUGUCAAAGAAAUGUUUCCAGACUCGCAGAUUGCUAGAAAAUUGUGGAGAAAAAUUACUAUGAAACAAGGGCAAGCAUGAAAGUUGAUACUCUUCCUAACUUGCUUGUAGCUAAAAUCAAUUGCAAUGCUAACCUUCAGUUGUCCAAAGAGCGGUUGGACAAAUGCAAAAAGGCCACUAGGGAUAUGCUGGAAAACUGAACUCAUAGCAGCCUGUCUACAUUUAUAUGUAAAUAAAAUGGAUAUUCUGCUCCGUAUAGUUUACAUCUGUCUAUACAUUUUUACAGUAAUGUUUUUUAUAUUAUGUCUUGUGGUGUUCUGUGGUGUUCUGUGGAUAUUAUGUCUUGUGGUGUUCUGUGGUGUUCUGUGGUGUCCUGUGGUGUCCUGUGGUGUCCUGUGGUGUUCUGUGGUGUUCUGUGGACUCUUCGAAGACAAUGGAGGUAACUUUAUUUCUCUUUAUUUACUAAAAAAGCAUGUGCAUUAGUAUGUAGAUUUCAAACCAAUACCCCCCCCCCCCCCGCGCACCCCCCUACAUAUUUUUUUUCUUGGCAGGUUGGCAGGUCUGAGCUUAGCUUAAGAAAUGUAACAUUCCCAGCACUCCCGUACUCUCUGUUGUUACGAACGAAUACACAUAAUUUACCACAAUUUCAUUUUUGGUUUAAAGUUUAAUUGUUUUUAAAGUCUGUUAUGGAAAGGUCUUUGAUGACCUUUUGAAUUUAAAUGGAAUAAAUAUUUGUCUCCCAAAACUAAGAUGUGUAUCCAAUUUUAGCUCAGCGCGAAGUAUGUCACAAAUUAUGAUAAAGUUUAAACAAACAUUUAUUUAAAAGAAAACCCAUUCAGAGUGUGAUAGCAUAAUUUUUUAUUUUUUGUGCAACUAUUUCUGUAUGAACCAGGUCAAAUCAAUGACCAGCAGAGCUUUCACCAACAUUCAGUCACUGUCUGGAUUUACAACAGUGCCAGCUGACCAACCCAACCAAGAAACCAUUCCUCAAAAUGCCAAGGCAAACAUGGAGAUGGGCUCUAUGGCAACACAUGGGGCAGCUGACACCAAGCUCAAACCCUCACAGGGUGACUCAGUUGUCAAACCGGUUGUUCAGAGUGCUGGUCAGUCUAAAGGUCAGUUUAUCAAACCAGUUGUUAAGAGUGCUGGUCAGUCUAAUGGUCAGUUUAUCCAACCAGUUGUUCAGAGUGCUAACCAGUCUAAUGGUCAGUUUAUCAAACCAGUUGUUCUAAGUGAUGGUUAGUCCAAUGGUCAUUUUAUCAAAAUAGUUGUUCAAAGUAGUGGUCAGUCUGAUGGUAAGUUUAUCAAACCAGUUGUUCUAAGUGAUGGUCAUUUUAAUGGUUGGUUUCUCAAGCUAGCUUUUUUUCCUAGAAAAGAAAUUAUUUUUUUUUAAAGAUGAACAUUUAAGCGCUAGAUCAGGGUUGGGAAGACCAAUUUUAUUUAUAAAAAUCAACACUCUUAAACUGUGUCUCUUCUAGCAACAAAAGAGAGUCCAGAACAUGGGGAAAAUGAAUCCUUUCAAAAGUCAGGCACAUUUAUUGAGUGGACGCGCGAGAUGGCUAGCAUGGACGAGGACCCUGCAAGUUUGGCGGGGGAUUCAAGCCACAAGUCUAUCCGCACCAUACAAAUGCAGCAGAAGAACUUGAGUAGAAUUUCCAGUGUCACUGGUAAAAUAAUUGUUUUCUGAACUUGCAAAAUCCUGUUUUUUUAUUUCUGUGGCUGUAGUGCACCAGAAAGGCACCAUGGGAGAGGCGGGGCCUCCGGGAAAUCACAAAGCAACAUGUAACCACAGAAUAGAGUUAAAAUCUGUUGAACCCAAAUUGAUGUUAAAACUUUUCCCUAAAGCUAAAUCAGUAAUUACUUAAUUUUUUUUCCACAUAAACUUCAAUAUUUGGUGGUCUCCAGCACAUACCUAUUUGUUGGUACCAAAAAUAUUAUGAUAUCCAUUUCAGAACACCCCACUUCGGCCCACGACAAGGUGGCCACAAAUACAGACGUCUGGGUGUGGGGGUGUAAUGAGCAGGGCCAGCUUGGCCUGGGAGACCAGCUAGAGAGGGCAGCACCAGUCAAUCUCAAGUUUUUUAUAGGUAUGCCUGAAUUUGUUUGUGAAUUAUUGGGGCUGAAUACCUCUAGUUUUAUCAGCAUAGUUAUCUUAAUGUACAAAAUAUAUCAUGUUUUGUAUAGGUUGGCAUAGUUAUCUAAAUGUACAGAAUAUAUCAAGUUUUGUAUAGGUUGGCCUAGUAUCUAAAUGUACAGAAUAUAUCAAGUUUUGUAUAGGUUGGCCUAGUUAUCUUAAUGUACAGAAUAUAACAAGUUUUGUAUAGGUUGGCCUAGUUAUCUAAAUGUACAGAAUAUAUCAAGUUUUGUAUUGGUUGGCCUAGUUAUCUAAAUGUACAGAAUAAAAUCAGUAAUGAAAAGUCAAGUGUUCUCCUUCAACAUAAGUUAUGAUGUCUUUUUAAAAAAAAAAUGGAAUUCUCCCGAUAUUUUUGUAAUAUUUAACCAAUUACACUUCACAACUGUUAAAUAUGGCCAUUUGAGGUGCUUGUUAAUGCAUUAUUAUGGAGAUCCAGGCCCUUUAAACAAGGUUCAAGGCAAUGGCAGCUGACUGACAAUGUGUUGUUAUAUUCAGCAGGCCAUGAGACUUCAAAUUUUAAUAGUAGCUCAAUUUUCUGAUGGUGAUUAAGAUGUGUGGUUGUAUAUAUUGUGAGAGUGGGAAGCUAGAAAGAUGUGUGGUUUUAUACAUUAUCAGGCUGGGAAGCUAUGAAGAUGUGUGGUUGUAUACAUUGUCAGACUAGGAAAUUUAAGAAUGCUCUUAGCUGAAGCUUUAGUAGAAAAGAAUGUUAUAUGAUACAUCAAGCAAUUAUUUAAAUCUAAUCUUAUGUGUAAUAUCUAAUCUCACAUAUAAUAUCUAAUCUCAUGUGUAACAUCUAAUGUCAUCUAAUCUCAUAUUUUAGCAUUUAAUCUUAUGUUUUAGCAUCUAAACUCAUUUUUAGCACCUAAUCUCAUGUUUUAGUACUAAUCUCAUGUUGUAACAUCUAAUCUCAUGUUUUAGUACUAAUCUCAUGUUUUAGCAUCUAAUCUCAUGUUUUAGCAUCUAAUCUCAUGUUUUAGCAUAUAAUCUCAUGUUUUAGGAUAUAAUCUCAUUUUAGCAUCUAAUCUUAUGUUUUAGCAUCUAAUCUCAUGUUUUAGCAUCUAAUCUCAUGUUUUAGGAUAUAAUCUCAUUUUAGCAUCUAAUCUUAUGUUUUAGGAUCUAAUCUUAUUUUAGCAUGUAAUCUCUUGUUUUAGUACUAAUCUCAUAUUUUAGCAUCUAAUUUCAUGUUAUAGCAUCUAAUCUCAUUUUUAGCAUGUAUUCUCAUGUGUAACAUCUAAUCUCAUGUGCAACAUCUAAUCUCAUAUUUUAGCAUCUAAUCUUAUGUUUUAGCAUCUAAACUCAUUUUUAGCACCUAAUCUCAUGUUUUAGUACUAAUCUCAUGUUUUAACAUCUAAUCUCUUGUUUUAGUACUAAUCUCAUGUUGUAGGAUAUAAUCUCAUUUUAGCAUCUAAUCUUAUGUUUUAGGAUCUAAUCUCAUUUUAGCAUCUAAUCUUAUGUUUUAGGAUCUAAUCUUAUUUUAGCAUGUAAUCUCUUGUUUAAGUACUAAUCUCAUAUUUUAGCAUCUAAUUUCAUGUUAUAGCAUCUAAUCUUAUUUUUAGAGUGUAAUCUCAUGUGUAAAAUCUAAUCUCAUGUUUUAGCAUGUAAUCUCAUUUUAAGUGUCUAAUCUCAUGUUUUAGCAUGUAAUCUCAUUUUAAGAGUCUAAUCUAAUGUUUUAGCAUGUAAUCUCAUAUGUAACAAUCAGUCUCAUGUGCGACAUCUAAUCUCAUUUGCAACAUCUAAUCUCAUGUGUAACAUCUAAUCUCUUCAGUAACAUCUAAUCUUCUGUGUAACGUCUAAUCUCGUAUUCAGGCAGACAUGUGAUCAAGUUGGCAGCUGGUGGCAGCCACAGCAUUGCGCUCACCUCAAACUGCCAGGUGUUUUCCUGGGGAUUAAAUAGCUAUGGCCAGUUGGGACAGAUGGAAGCCGUACACGGACCCACAAGACUAAGGGUAAUCAGUUCUGUUGACACAUGUAUCAGAGGUUGCGCUUUAUGUAUGUGAGGCAUGGGGACAUACGGUGGCAGUACAUGGCCAUAUACUAUUUAUUGUCAUCCCUACUUGGGACAGACCCAGGAUUUCUUAAAGUAAAACAGUGGUGUAACCGGGCCCAUGAGCGUGUAACAUCCAUCUUCUGUAUAAUUAUGUUUAAAUUAAUUAUGGGGAAACUUUCCUGUAUCAGUUUCUAAAAGGUUUCACAGCAUGGGACAUUGGAGGCGGCUCAGCACAUUCCGUGUUUCUGUGCGAUGGUCCUGAUGCACCCAACUCUCAGCCGAAAAUCUUUUACUGUGGGAAGCACCCAAGGUAGGAGUUUGGACAAUCUUUCUUCUCCUUAACAUCUACAUUAAAUACGUCCUAAUGUUUCAAUUUUUUUAUUUUAAAUUAUUUUAGCAUGGAAAAAUAAUUUUUGUUGUCGUUGUCGUUGAGAGCAACUGUACCAGAAAAUAUAAAUGUAACUAAAUCAAUUUGUCACCUACAGUAAAGAGCAACAUGCCUCAAUGAAGAAGACCAAUAUUCUUGUUCCACUGCCUCAGGUAAAUCAGGUGAGUGCUAGGGUUAGCCUGAAACUUACUUAUAGACACAACAUCAUCACAACUAUCAUGGUUGAGUUAAAAGAUCAAGAGAGAGACAGGGAGAGGUAUAGAGUGAUAGAUUUGUAAAAUGCCUCUAGCUAUGUAGAGAAUAUUUGAACUAUUUCUGAAAAAUAAAGAAUAAUAUUGUUACAUGGAUUUAAAUAUUCAAUUAAUUCUACUGAAAAUGAACAUUUAAUUUAAUGUUAAAAAUUCUUGGAGUGUGACAUGAAAUGAUGCUUAAUUUAACCAAUUUAAUGAAAACUGUUUUUAUUAUUUUUUUACAUGACAAUUUUUCAAUAAAAACCUAGUGUUAGUUGGAAUUUUCUUAAUUUUGAUUUUUAAGAAAUUUUAAACAUUUACUUAAAGCUUUCUGAAUUUAGGCUGGGUGCAAGUGUAAUGAUCAAAAGAUUAAAAUUCAACUAUAGCCUUUCAAAAAAUCUAAAUGGUCAUUUGUAUAUUGAAUAAUUUUUUUAAAAAGAAUAAAACAUUUUUUUUUAGUUAUUAGAUUUAUCUUUUUAAUACUCUUAAGAAAAGCGUAGUUCUAAGUUAAUUAUGACGUGCAUAAAACACCACUUUUAAUAAUGCCAACAAUAUUAUUGAUUCACAACUAAAUCCCUAGAAUGGAUGGGUCACAAAGGUCAUGGCCGGAGGCAGUGGCUGUGCCUGUAAGACACUAAACCCCGCUCCACCUGAGACGGCUGCUGUGUUUGAGCUGGCCGCCACUGAGAGGUCAUUCUACAACCAGCUGAUUAGGACAACAAAUUUGCUGCUGAGACCACUGCAAAAAUCUAGUGAGUUGAUCUCAAUGUAGUAUAUAGAGAUCACUUGUAUAAUUUUGUCUUAGUUGUAUCUUGAGACUAUUUGCACCCAAAUGUCUCAGUUUCAUUUUAUUUUGAGAUUACCUGUAUCUUAUUGUCCUAGCUAUAACUUGAGACUUUUUGCACCCAAAUGUCACAGUUUCAUUUUGAGAGCACCGGGGCACCACAAGGCUGUGUUCUCUCUCCUGUACUGUAUACAAUAUAUACAAAUGAUGUUCAAAGCUCAAGCGACACCGUUCCAAUCUUAAAAUUUACUGAUGAUACCACCAUUAAUGGCUUAAUAUCUGAAGGAGAAGGCUUAUACCGCAACUUAGAUACAAGCUUUAUCAAUUGGUGCGAUGAAAAUUUUCUAAAGUUGAAUGUCUCAAAAACAAAAGAAAUGGUUGUUGAUUUCAGGAGGGGGAAACACCAGAUUACAGAUCUCAACAUAAAAAAAUCAAAGUGUAGAGAAAGUGGAGGCAUACAAGUACUUAGGUGUCACCAUUAAUAAUAAGCUAACAUGGCAUGAGCACGGCCAUCUGCUGUAUAAGAAAUUCAACCAAAGACUGAUCUACCUCAAAAAACUGUACAAUUUCGGCGUAAACAAGCAAGUCGUUAACUUAUUCUACAGUGCAACUAUUGGAAGCCUGCUUAAUUUCAUUAUUACCUGCUGGUGUGGGAAUUCAACAUCUGAUAUUAAACACCGCAUAAAUCGACUAAUCAAGAAAGCUAGGAACAUAACACAAACUAAACAUCCUUCACUUGAAGAACUAUUUGAAGAAAGAUAUUUUUGUAAAACUAAACACAUUUUGGAUGAUACAUCCCACCCUCUUCAUCACAGAUACUUAGGAUCGGGCCAUUGGGUACGAAUUCUUUCCAUCAGGGCGAGGACUGACAGAUAUAAAAAUUCUUUUGUUCCCCAAUCUGUAUGAAUUUACCGGCGUGCUUCCUCUGAAGUCACACAUCUGAAUGAGAACUAAUAAGUCCCGAUUUUGCUAAGAGAACUCACUGAAUGGCUGUUUGAAAUAAUUUAUUAUAAAUGUCUUGUGUUCAAAUUGUUUUAUUUUUGUGCUGAAAAUGUAUAAUCCAAUCAAAAACAUUUCCAUUUAUUUAGAUCAAUAAAAGAAUCUUAUCUUAUCUUAAUGUCCUAGCUAUAUCUUGAGACUAUUUGCACCCAAAUGUCUCAGUUUCAUUUUGAGACCACCGGUAUCUUGAUGUCAUAUCUGAUGUCACAAUUUAUUUUGAGAACACUCCAGAAAAGACAUUGCAUGGAUUCACAAAAAUGUUUGCUCAUAAGUUGUCAUUUCCAUUCCCCCAUCCAUCCAGCUUUCUUCACAUCCAUGGAUGUUUAUCCCUACAAGUCAUCACUACAGAAUCUGAUUUCUACAUUCCUGGCUCUGACAAAAAAGGUAAUUUAAAAUAUAAACAUGUACAGUUACAAACUAGUCUAUAUAUAAUAGAGGGAGACUAAUUAUAUAUACAUAUACACUAAUUAUAUAUACAUAUACACUAAUUAUAUAUACAUAUACACUAAUUAUAUAUACAUAUACACUAAUUAUAUAUACAUAUACACUAAUUAUAUAUACAUAUACACUAAUUAUAUAUACAUAUAAACUAAUUAUAUAUACAUAUAAACUAAUUAUAUAUAGGCCUAUAUAUAAAUUAAUUAUAUAAGCAUAAAGCCUAAACAUACAUAUAUAGAUAUAUUACAUUGUUUGGAUAGACACAUGGUCAGAGCUGUUUACUUUGAAACUCUUAAAAUCGUACAAAAUCAUCACAAAAUCUUUCAAUACAUUAUCUUAAUAGUAAAAAAAAAACAUGCAGUAUAUAUAAUGUAUACACCUGAAAAUCGUACAUUGUACGCCAAAAUCGUAAGAGUAAACAGGUCUGCAUGGUUUGACAUAUGGUUACAUUUAACCUUGUAUUUCCAUCCAUAAGAUGGACCUAAUGUUACAUUCAUCCGUGUCCCCUAUCGGCAGGUUGGGGAAGGAAUCACUGACCUCACCAGCACCAUACAGCAGUCCACUCCUCUGAACCAGAGCCUCUUUCUGGCUGGCCACCCUGAAUUCCUAGAGGCAUUCAGGAACUACUCUAGAAGAUUUUCUGACUUCUUGGCUGUCGGUGGGUUUGAUUAUGUCACGCGAGCAGGAAGGUAAUUCUGAACUGUCCUCUCAGUAAUGAUGCAGUACUGUUUAUUUUCAAGGGCUCCGAAUAAGAUAUUUAUGUCUCUUUCUCCUGACUGCUUCAAUGUCAACAAAGUAGAGAAUAAAAUAUUUUCUUAUGAAUGAUAUGUUCAAUUUUUAUUGCAUCACACUGAUUAAGAUACAUGUUUAGAGGACAAAGUGGACAUAACCAAAAUAUUUUGUAACCACUAGAUGUCGCUGCAAUAAAAAGAACAAAUUACGGAGGGGGUAGGUGGGGGAGAUUUACUUUUAGUAUGACAAUAAGAAUGUCAUUUGUCAUGGCUUCGGAUUGGGAAAGUCAUGUAUUUUGGCAUUCAGAAAUUAAUGGAACUCACAAGUUUUUUUUAUAGUCAUGUUAUAGAUUUUGUUACAAUUUUCAUAUUUCUUCUUUAUCUUGACAUAUCUUUCUCAUGAUGUUUCUCUACUUAUUGUUUAAGUGAGUUCUUUGAGAAGAUCCAGGGCUCCAUCAGAGACCUGUCAGAUGAGCGGGACAAGUCGGUGGGGGCCAGCAGCCUCUUCUUGAGAGCAAUGAGGUACCCAUUCUUCAGGCUUGUGGAGUACAGUCGAAUCUUGGGGAAGAUAGCCACUGUUCUGGAGGUUAGAAUCAUACAGAUUAGCUUUACACAUUGGUGUGUAUGGGGUUAUAGAUAAUGCACAAUACAUUUCAUGCAACACAACAUCUAAGACAUUAUAUAUAAGCAGAAAAAAUCUAUUCUGAAUUUAGCUCAAAUUUUUAUUUAGCUUUUGUCCAGCACAAAUUGCUGAAAUUGUACCAAGUAGUUAACAAAGUUGCGACAUGGAAGGAAUAUAAAAUAUUUAGAUUAGUGGCAAGUUUGCGGAGAGGGGGUUAGGCUGGGACACAUUUCUUCUCAAUCACACAUUCUAAAUGCUCUAAAACACAGUGCUUCUCAACCACAGAUUCUAAAUGUUCUAAAACACAGUGCUUCUCAACCACAGAUUCUAAAUGUUCUAAAACACAGUGCUUCUCAACCACACUUUCUAAAUGCUCUAAAACACAGUGCUUCUCAACCACAGAUUCUAAAUGUUCUAAAACACAGUGCUUCUCAACCACACUUUCUAAAUGCUCUAAAACACAGUGCUUCUCAACCACAGAUUCUAAAUUUUCUAAAACGCAGUACUUCUCAACCACACGUUCUCAAUGUUCUAAAACACAGUGCUUAUCAACCACACGUUCUCAAUGUUCUAAAACACAGUGCUUAUCAACCACACGUUCUCAAUGUUCUAAAACACAGUGCUUAUCAACCACCUAAGCACAGAUUAUGUUAUUUUAGAACUUACUCCAGUUAAUUUUUUUUCUGUUUUUUGUAGUUGAUAAGUUGUUUUGUAGGUCAGACAUAUUUUUAUCAUGAAACAACACAGACAUCAAGCAUGCAUCAUGGCAAAGAUCAAACAAUACAAUUAAUUUUUGGACCAUAUACAUUAGUUAUUUUACAAAACCUUGAGUAUAAAAUUCUGUUGAGUUCUGGCGGGCAUUGUUAGUUAGAAUUGCUUACAUAUCAAUGAGUCACAAGAUUUAAUACUUAGCACAAGGGUUCUCAGUAAUAUCAAAAAUGUACCUACCUUGCCGAUGAACUGCUGUUGCUAUUCAUGUAUGACAGCAUACAUCGUUACCAAAAAUUUUCUAAUGCCACUGGAAAUUUCUGUUUUAAAAAUGUUUGUGCAUGUGUAUAUAUAAUAUAUAUAUAUAUAAAAAAACUAAAACUAAUAAAAGCGGUUGUUUUCUGUUAGAAACAAGAAAUGAAGAAUUUCUUCCAGAAUGUGAUACUGGAAUGGGACGGCAUCAAAGUGAGUUUCUCUGCUGAGCAUAAAGUGGCAGAGUUGACGAGGGCAUUCUGGGAAGUAACAAACCCGAAAGUCGCUGUGAGUUCAUCCUUUAUUUCUGGCGAAUUCCUCUUCAGUUUUCUGAUCUUUUAUUUCCUUCAAUUUUCCAUUCUACUAUUUCCUUUAAUUGUCUGAUCUACUAUUUCCUUCAAUUUUCCAUUCUACUAUUUCCUUUAAUUGUCUGAUCUACUAUUUCCUUCAAUUUUCCAUUCUACUAUUUCCUUUAAUUGUCUGAUCUACUAUUUCCUUCAAUUUUCUGAUCUACUAUUUCCUUCAGUUUUUCUGAUCUACUAUUUCCUUCAAUUUUCCGAUGACUGUUCUGAUCAUGCUAUUGUAGAGAUCAGAAAAUUGUUAGUAAUUGUUUUGUCGUAAUUUUUUUUUUCUAGUCCUCAAAUUUGAGAGAAAAUUAGUUGGCAAAAAAAAUUAUUGUUAUAUACUGAAAAUUGAGACUUUCUUUACUGGACAAAUUGUAAUGCAAUACGUAGAUUUUCUAUUUAAUCUUGGAGUCGUAUAAAUUCUAAAUAUGUCUAAUUAAACCAUAAAUUAUACAACAUACCCAAAAGAUACAUUUAUGAAUAGGCUUAUAAAACUUUUGCUGAUCCCAGGUCAAGAAAUACUUUGAUAAUGAGAAAUUCCAUCGUAUUUCUAGGACACAAUGAGGACACCUGACCGUCGCCUGCUGAGGGAGAGUAAGUCCUACCCCCUGCACUGGCCAGCAGGAGGGCGCUUCUCCAAUCGCCUGUUUGUACUGUUCAAUGAUGUCUUCCUGCACAUACAGGUAAGCUGUCUGUUAACCCCUUCAGUACCGCAGGGUUUUGGCAUCGGUUUUUGAUGAAUCAGCCAUAAAAAACUUCUAUAUAGAUUAACGAAUAAGGAAAUAUAUAGCAUUGAAAUUUGACGUCGAUGUGACGUCCUUGGUAUUUCAGAAAAGUUCUUUAACUUUUUGUUAUGACGACAAUGUGACAUCCUUGGUAAUUGAAAGUGGGUGACCGUGACGUCGUGUCGAUGUCAUCGGUAAUGAAGUGGUUAAAUGAAGUCUUCCUGCACACAGGUAACCUCUGAAUGCCCUUAACCCUAGUGUCCUCCAAACUAAGAAAAUAUUUUCGCAUCAUCCCGGCGGUUUCAACACUGCUAAGGUGGCUAUAACUGAUUGCUGCUGGUUUGUCUGCUAUGUAUUGAUGUACUUGCUCAUAAGUGAGAAACACAAUGUCUACAUUUCUGUAACAAAAUUUUCAAAUAAUCAUCUCAAUGAAAUACAUCCGUUUUCCUUAAAAGGUUUUUUAAUUGUAUUUUACCGUCAGAAUUCAGGAUGACAAAAACUUUUAUACCUUGCGCUCUACCAGAAUACUUGUCAUUUGACGCAGUCUACAGCUUGUCAUCUAUUCAAAUGUCAAAAGUGGCUUUAUGGUGUACAUCUAUAUUUGUCAUAUUUUCAAUGACAUCCCCACCUAGUUACCUUAGUUAGCAUGACGGACUGUAAACGUAUGAUGACAGGUAAAAAUUCAAGGAACUGGCAGUUUUGUUUACCAUCCAAAAUCUCCCAUAUCAAACAAGCUUAAAGGUAUUAUCAUGUAUUUCCCUUGCACAGAGCUUUGAUGGGCAUUUUCAUGCCUUAUUCUGGAAUUUCCCUAAGCUAGGGUCAACUAGUUUGAGAUUUGAUGUCCUAGUUUCAUGUAUUAUGGGCAGCUUUGUUUGUUGACAGAUUGAAUAUCUUAAAGUGCAGUAAAACAUCACAGGACCUAAGGAACCCCUAUUAGUAGCUACCAAAGACUAAUGACCUAAAUAAAACAUUGAGUUUAAAAAAUUGCUUGAUAAAAAUUAUUUUAUAUUAGUGAAAAGAACGUAUUCUUGUGAAUUUAUAGAACUGGCCUAAUUCUGUAUCCCUUGUAUAUUUAGAGCACUGGCUUAACUGUGUUGCCCUUGGAGACACUCUGGGUGGAGCCUGGAACAACAGAAACAGAAAAUCCGUAAGUCACUUCUGUAACCGAUUGGAUAACAACAUCCACCCGUAUCUUUUACAAGACUAUCCCGCCAGAACUGUUAAUGUCGCCCGCCCUGCACUGAGAAUCAGACAGGGUUAAAUAACUCUACAACUCUGACUUGUAAUCAGAGUUGAAUUGCCCAGAUAACUAACUGAAUUUAAUAAUGAGAGACAGAGUUUGCUACAUAUCUGGAACCUUGAAACCUUACGGUAUCAUCAACCAUGUCCAUGAUUUAAAAGUGCCUGGAGUUCUAUUUUCCCAGUCGUUGCCAUUAAAAUAAUCAAGUCUUCCAUCUAAAAUUGUUCAAUUUGUUCACCGGCAGGUUUAGGGACAUGUGUCUUGUUUUAAUUGUUUCUAAUAUUACAUUUCUUUUACUUCUUGUUCAUUCUAGGAUAAAAAUGAUAAGUAAAAAUAUAAGAAUGAUAAGAAUAAGGAUAAGAAAAAUAAAAAUGAUAGUUUCUGUACAUUCAUGUAACCACAGAUUCACCCCACUUCAUUAUAUUUUUGUGUAUUUAAUACUUUGAGCUUGACUGCAGUCAAACAUUAAUUUUACUUCAGACUAUUAGCUGCGUAAUUUGGUUAUUUAUUGUAAAAUACACAACAAAAAAUUACUAAUAAAAUAUAAAAGUACUGAAGUCAGACGGUCUGAAAUUUGAUAAACACAAAAACAACUAUUUUUUUUUUUUUAAAACCUGAACAAAGCCAUUUCAUUUCAAAGCUUAAGCUCUUUCAUUAUGCGUUAAAGAUGUGUAGAUUAUACAAGCUUAAAUUUUAACUUUGUAAUUUGAAAAUUCCUCUCCACAGCAAUGCCAUCACCAUAAUAGCACCGGAAGAAAGAUAUGAUCUUCAGGCCACAACACCAGCACAAAAGGUAGGCUGAACAUAAACUAUCAACUCCCGAAGAUCUAAAGAUUUGUUAUCAUAUCGGAUGUAACAGAUUCUGUUUAUAUUUCAGUAAUAGGGUGGGUGGCUUUCUGUUAAAUGAAUGUAAAACAAUACAUUUCAUAUUUCUAAACCGUUGUGUUGAGACCUUAUCGCUAGCGGCGGUAGUAAGGUGAUGGUUAGUUUUAAUUUUUGAAAAUGAAGUUAAUGUAAUAUAUAUGCUUGUUAAAAUGGUUCAAAUUUUUGUUAAAACUGUCUUUGUGUGUGCUUUUUAACAAAUUACUGAAAACAUCAAUGGGCAAUGUAGUAGAAGAAAUAGAAUUAGUUUUGAUAAAAAAAUCAGUCUUCCCCUAGUAUUGUUUCUUGUUCAUUUGCUUUUAACAUUUCUUAAUUUUGUUUUCAUGUUGAUUCCCUCCCCCCCCCCCCAUUUUUUUUGAUUUUGAUUCCCCCCCCCCCCCCCUUUGUGUAAAGCUGAAAUAAUCACUGUUUCUGUUCCAUGAUAUAGUUCAGUUUCUUGUCAUGUUCUCCCCUGUAACACUGAGUAACAUGUAACAGCUGCAAAGCAUUGCUGCCCCUGACAUGCUGAAUGGUCAUCGGCAAACAUUGAGUAACAUGUAACUGUUGACUAUCUAUUGCCGCCCUGACAGGCUGAAUGGCUGAUAGCCCUCAACUCUGCCAUCAGCAAACAUUGAAUAACAUGUAACUGAUGACUAUCUAUUGCCGCCCCUGACAGGCUGAAUGGCUGAUAGCCCUCAACUCUGCCAUCGGCAAACAUUGAGUAACAUGUAACUGAUGACUAUCUAUUGCCGCCCCUGACAGGCUGAAUGGCUGAUAGCCCUCAACUCUGCCAUCAGCAAGCACCUGUCACCUCAGAGAUCUCCCUACAGCGCAGGGGAACGUUUCACCCCACCUUUGGUGCGUCACGCCAAGCACAAGUUCAUCAGGCCAGGACUCUACAGAGAGGCUUCCUACGACGGAACUUGGUUCUCUGGCAAAAUACAUGGAAGGUAGGUGGCUUUCCUUGGAAAGUUCAUUCAGGAAAGGUGGUUUUUGUAAAAAUGCAUGGAGGGUUGUUGGCUUGUGGGGGAAAAGACAUGGAGGGUAGUUGGCUUGGGGGAGGGUAAUACAUGGUGGAAGGUGGCUGGGGGGGAAUACAUGGUGGGAAGGUGGCUGGGGGGGGAAUUCAUGGUGGGAAGGUGGCUUGUGGGAGAAAAUACAUGGUGGCAUGUGAGGGGAAAUUUUAUUCAGGGAAUGUGGUGUUUGUGGGAUCAUACAUUGAGGGUAGGUGGCAUUCAUGGUAAAACUCAUACAAUGCAGGUGGCUUUUGUGUGUUAAGUUCAUAAAGGAUAAUUAGCUUUUGUCUGACACUGUUAUAAGAUACAUCAGGAAUAAAAAAAGAUGACCUUACUGAGCCAUUUAAGAAAGGCACAUGUCCUGGGCACAUUAAGAAAUCAGCAUUGGCUGUUUACAAUUUAACACUCAAGUUUGUAAAUAGACAGUUAAUUUUUGUGUGACUAGUCAGUUAAUUUCUGUAGCUUUAACCAAAUAUCAUUUCAAGUUUAAUUUGUACACUCAUGAAUCUAUGUCCGACUUUCUGAUGAUCAGAGGGACUCUGAAGUGGUCAGACGGUUCUGUGUAUGAAGGGAAUUUCAUGAGAGGUCUUAUGCAUGGGUAAGUAGAAUAUUUUGCUGACACAAUUGCUCACAGAUGAGAAUGCAAGAAAUUAGUUUACUGAAUUCUUAUGUGAGCUGCUCACAGACUGCAAGAAAAUAGUUUAUUUAUUGCAAUCUUAGUUUCUCACAGACUGAAAACCUAUGUGAGCUUUCUUAAGAGAGAAAUAAAAGCAAUUAAUUAGUACUGGAGUGAGUUGUAAUAAAUUUUUUGGCAGAGAAAAAGAAUAGUCUGUUUUGUGCUUUUUCUCUUACACCAGCACAACAGCUUUGAGAGAAUGUUGGUUGUCAACUGCUGUAUACACAAACAAUUGUAAUGAUUUAUUGUACUAACUGCAAUUAACUCUGGUCGAGAUUCUUAUGAAAAAUUUGUGAUAAUAUAAAAAAAAACAGUAAUAAUCUUUCAUUUCUAUUCUCCAUAAAAUUUGAAACUGUAAAUAAACAUUUAUCUUACUAUUUGCCAGCUCUGGUGUGCUAACUAAUGUCAAACAUUUAACUUACUAUUUGCCAGCUCUGGUGUGCUAACUAAUGCUAAACAUUUAUCUUACUAUUUGCCAGCUCUGGUGUGCUAACUAAUGCUAAACAUUUAUCUUACUAUUUGCCAGCUCUGGUGUGCUAACUAAUGCUAAACAUUUAUCUUACUAUUUGCCAGCUCUGGUGUGCUAACUAAUGCUAAACAUUUAUCUUACUAUUUGCCAGCUCUGGUGUGUUAACUAAUGUUAAACAUUUAUCUUACUAUUUGCCAGCUCUUGGUGUGCUAACUAAUGUUAAACAUUUAUCUUACUAUUUGCCAGCUCUGGUGUGUUAACUAAUGUCAAGAGUUCUGGCAAAGAGAUUCAGAAAGGAAACUGGAAGGAUGGGAAACUGAAUGGACGCGGCACCAUCAGGUACUGACACUUGUACAAUGUUUUAAUUAGUUUACCUUUGCUCUCUUGUAGAGUUGUUGUGUUCUUUAAAUGUUUUUUCAGAUAAUUAUCACUGAGAAUUUGCAUUGUGAAUUGAUGGUUUCCCAUGUUAGUUUCAGCUUGCACCAUAUAUUGUUUGAUUGUUCCUAUUGUGAGAACAGGAAUAAAGAAUUUUGAGAUUUUUGCAUUAAGUUAAAUACAGCAGUACUCAAAGGAUGUUGUUACAACCUUCUUUCAUUGGUCUUCACCAAAUGUUAAAUAUUCCGCCUGGUCUAAUAUCUUAUGAUGAUGGCAAUUAUUUCUAUGGCAACUAUUCCGAUGUCUAAUAUUCAGAUGGCAAAUCUUCCUUGGUCACAACACGGACUAGUGUGAUUCAAUAACACUAAAAGGUCCAUUGUACAUCAUGGGUUUAUUUUUACAGAACUAAAACACCCACUUGGUACAUUAUCCUCAGGCAAAAGCCCCACAGCGAAUCUAACGAAAAUAUUCUCUCUCUCUGUCUGGCUCAAUCUCUCUCUCUAGAUCACUGUGCACACUCUCUCGACUCUAACUCGACGAUCUACUCUGGACUCUUGACUCUCUCGGCUCUAACGAUCAAUUAACACACUGUCACACUGCCUUUUAUAUCCCUACAUAACAAAACACUCAGCACACACUAACCCAACACCAUGAACCAGCUACACCAUCUGACCUCGCGACUUACAACUCACAAAAAAAAUUCACGACUAACAACUCCCCCCUACCAAACACUCACAACAAUCCAGUUCACAAGAGAUGUUGUGUGUAGAAUGAUCUAGAAAGGUCAAUAAAUGUCAAAAGUCAACAUUCGUUGUCUAAAGCUAAAUAUUUGCUGCAUGAAAGCAACAGUUUCAUUACCAUCUGAAAGAAUGUGUAACAUAUUUUCACCAUUAUUAAAAAAACACAAAUCUAUUCCAGAAGAACCAAUACAAAAUUAACUGAUUAAAUAACUUGGGCUGUUGGUAGGGUCUGUGUGUGUUACACUACAGCUUAACCUAAAACUGCCAUGUGUGUUUACCAUUCAGCCGAGUGCAAAUAUCUCAUAAAUGGUCAUAAAUGCACAUUAUGAUACUAAAUCCUUAAGUAUGUCUCAUCUGUGGUGCAGCACUUCUAUGAGCACAUAUAAUGUUUACACUAGCACUGUGUUGGAGGUAGUAUUUUUGUUUAAAAAAAUAGCUAAUCAUAUGUACCAUAAUUUAGUAAAAGCCAUAUUAUUUACACCCUUUGAUGGAACAUACAAUUCUAAUUCAACAGCUAUGCUAACGGGGAUGUGUAUGAGGGAUACUUCCAAGAUGGCCAGAGAUUUGGCCACGGAAUGCUCCAAACUGGCGGCCAGAAGUCCAGAUGUGCCUCGGUUUACAUAGGAGAAUGGUUGUGUAAUGUCAAGGAAGGCUAUGGUGUACAAGAUGAUAUUCUCAAAGGUAGUUCAAAAUAUUCUUCUAGGCAACCAUUAACAACUGCAGGGCAUGGUCACAAGAUGAGUAGGCUCCAUGUGUCUUUGUUGAGAAAUAAGUUUGAACAGGAUAUUAGCGCAGUGUGUCACAAAAUGAGUAGGCUCGGUGUAUUGUGUGCUUGUGCAUGGAAAAGAAACGCAUUAGUUAGGUCUGAGUGGCAGGAAGUACUAGGACAGGCUUACUUCCCUGUCACACUUACUCAACUGCACCUUUACUUUACUAUCACCCUUACUUCACUGUCAGAUGUACUACACUGUCUUUCUUACUUCACUAUUACCCUUACUUCACUGUCACACUUACUUCACUGUCACACAUACUUCACUAUCACUAAAAUAAGUUUUCUAAUGAGUUUCAAAAGUGGCUGUAGUCUUCAGCAUUUGUUCAUGAUUGCUCUUUUUUUAUUCACAUAAAUUUGCAUCUUUGAAAUUGUAGCACAUUUUUUUUGUUGUUGUUCAGGUGAAAAGUACAUGGGGAUGUGGGCAGAGGACAAUCGCCAUGGUAACGGUGUGAUGGUCACACUGGAUGGGAUGUACUUUGAAGGGACGUUUGUACAGAAUAAACUUACAGUGAGUGCAGUGUUGGUUAUAAUACAAUAGCUGUUGAGGGACUUGCUGCCCCAUUGUGGCGGUGAGUCUUCUCAGUCUGGAAGCCAGUUGAACUCUAUAACAGCAGGCAUUUUGACUUAAUCUGUUUUCAUCAGUUUACUUUAAAGAAUGCUCAAGUUGCUGAUUCAAGUCUAUAUGAAUUAUUCUGUUAGCUGCUGUUUCAAGUCUUUCUUGGUCAUCUAACGUACUGUCCCAUGACAUCUGUGUCACCAGAUGUACCUAAUGCAACAGCUGAUUUGUUUUUAUUGUAAUGCUUGCUCCACAUAGUAUAUCACCACUCCCACAUGUUACACCAUCACUUUCACAUAGUACAUCAUCAACCCCACAUAUUACACCAUCACUCCAACAUAGUACAUCAUCAACCCCACAUAUUACACCAUCACUCCCACAUAGUACAUCAUCAACCCCACAUAUUACACCAUCACUCACACAUAGUACAUCAUCAACCCCACAUAUUACACCAUCACUCCAACAUAGUACAUCAUCAACCCCACAUAUUACACCAUCACUCCCACAUAGUACAUCAUCAACCCCACAUAUUACACCAUCACUCCCACAUAGUACAUCAUCAACACACAUAUUACACCAUCACUCCCACAUAGUACAUCAUCACAGCUAUAUAGAACAUCAUUACACCCAUAUAGUACAGUACACCAUCACUCCCACAUAGUACAUCAUAACUCCCCUGGGGCUCCGGUUGACAAGCCUGUGGUGGCUCGCCGAUAAGGAGGCGUCGGCCACUGGACCCUUUGACAUUACCCGGGGAACAAGACCACCAUUGAAGAGACAUGCAUGGUAUCUGCCGGAAUACAAACAGCACCUACAGGGCUGCCAACUGUGACUUUUUACAGUUGGAAGUAAAGGCAGAGACAUGGUAGGGACCAUAAUUACAAGUUGCAGCUAAUGGAUGUGAGACAAGAGACUAAAGUGGAAGUUACUAGGCGAUGAUUCUAGCUACGCAGCUAGAGAAAGCUGCUCCCAGGCAGCUGUUUCACCCAGCUACUUCACAAACUAGUUGCGGAGUGGAAACCCACCGUAGAAUCCCUCUUAAAGAGUAUCAGACGCUUCCCCGGGAUGGGUGGGGAAAGAUAUUUAUAUGUUAAUUUACCAUCCCGACUCCUAGGAAAUUUGAUCGAGUGCACUGUGUGUACCCAUAUUGUCAGACCAACCAGGUGUCCUUGGGUUGGGGCGGCCUCCAGCGGAAUGCAAUCAAGCAGACUUGGGUGGGGGCUGUCCUGGCAAAGGGACAUCUCCAAUCAAGCAGACUUGGGUGGGGGCUGUCCUGGCAAAGGGACAUCUCCAAUCAAGCAGACUCGGGUGGGGGCUGUCCUGGCAAAGGGACAUCUCCAAUCAAGCAGACUUGGGUGGGGGCUGUCCUGGCAAAGGGACAUCUCCAACGUGCCUGAUACGCCGGCUGAGGAGAGGUGCUUUGGGCGAGAGCAUAAAGAGCCUUGGCUCGACGGCCCCCUGAUGCCAUUUACUAAUGUAAUAUUUCAGUACAUCAUCACACCCACAUAGUACACCAUCACUCUCCAAGAAAUAUGUCAGUAAAAAAAUAAAAUCUUUCAACAUUUCUUCCCCCCUUGAUCCAACGUUCCAGGGCUUUGGUGUGAUGAUCUCUGAUGACAACACAUUAUACGAGGGCGACUUUGUUGGUACGUCAUAUCUCUCUGGCAAGGUGAGUCUUCCAUUUUGCUUAUUCUUUUUUGUGAAUGUUUAAUUAAUAGUUUUUCUCUCUGAUGUAGCAGUUCCAGGAAAAACAAAACAAUGGCUGCACUUUCAGGAGUACCAUGAUAAUAAUAGUAGUGUUUUUAAAAAGAAAUUCAUAAUAAAAUUUUGAAAAUAUUUUUGCCGUGAGAGUGUGGAUGGCAGACGACUUCUAAUCCACCCCUAGUCCUGUGUAGGUUAGGUCAUAUUCCUUUGCAGGUUAAGUCCUAGUCUUAUGUAGGUUAAGUCAUAUUUCUAGGUCCUAGUCUUAUGUAGGCUUAGUCAUAUUUCUAGGUCCUAGUCCUAUGUAGGUUAGGUCAUAGUCCUAUAUAGGUUUGGUCAUAGCGCUAUGUAGAUUAUGGUUAGGUCCUACUCCAAUGUUGGCUGACUUGAUUUAGGAGUCCUUUCCACCUAGAUAGUUUAUUAGAGCUUUGAAUAAAACCUUCGGUGAAUUCGAGCAUGUUAACCAAUGGCACUGAGACACACAACAUCAACAAUGUGCAACGGUUGUGGCAAAUAGUGAGGUAAAAUGUUUGAAAAGUUUUCUAGAAAAAAAUAAAGAUUUGCUGAGAAAUUUUUAGAUGGAAGUAAUGAAAAUAAUUUUGCAUAAUUUAAUGUUGACCUUUCAAAGGGCACCCUGACAUUACCCUCUGGUGACAGACUGGAGGGAAACUUCACCGGCUCACUGAAUGACGGCCUCAAGAUAAAUGGGACUUUCACCAAAUCUUCCACCGCGCCUGACAACGAUGGCUGCACGCAGCACGCUGGUGGCAUCAAGUCCAGGUUCAGUGGCAGACUUCUCUCUACAUUAAUGUUGAUAACAUUGUGCUCUCGCUAAACAACCAAAUGUUUCAUAGUUCACAAAAAUAUGACAGUUUCAUGAAGGUGUAGUAUCCAAGGGGCCAUCCAUGUUCAUAUUUGUUCAAUGUUAAAUGACAUAUAAUGACAUCUAGAUGACCUGGCUGGUGCAAAGAAAUAAUACAGUUGAGCAAUUAAUGGUUGCAGUAGCUCUUGCAAAUGGUUACUAGAUGGCCGUUAGUGGCCUACAUCCAUCUUUAAUUUAUUUUCAACCAACCAUUUAAUAAUAAAAAAAAAAAAACAUUCGCUGUUUCAAAGUAUACUUGUUAGACUUUGCCAUGGGGCACCUGGAGAAAACCUUUUCUCAUAUGCCGGCCAAAAAUCUAGACAUUUUGAGAACCACUAGCAUAGACAAGCACAAUAAUUACAUCACGUGCAUGGAAACAUACAUAGGCGAACAGUGGAUUAAUUAUUACUGCAACUAGUGCGCUAUCUAGUGAUUUCAUUGGUGAAAACACAAAGCAACAGUAUCAUGAUCAUUGCCAACCAAUCCAAACAUUGCAGUCUGGUCCUUUUAAAGCCCUCUGAAAUAAACAUAAAUCAUUGAUGCCACAGAUGUUAAGGGAGUUCCUGGGUAUAAAUAGGCAUUGAUUCCACAGAUGUUAAGGGAGUUCCUGGGUAUAAAUAGGCAUUGAUUCCACAGAUGUUAAGGGAGUUCCUGGGUAUAAAUAGGCAUUGAUUCCACAGAUGUUAAGGGAGUUCCUGGGUAUAAAUAGGCAUUGAUUCCACAGAUGUUAAGGGAGUUCCUGGGUAUAAAUAGGCAUUGAUUCCACAGAUGUUAAGGGAGUUCCUGGGUAUAAAUAGGCAUUGAUUCCACAGAUGUUAAGGGAGUUCCUGGGUAUAAAUAGGCAUUGAUUCCACAGAUGUUAAGGGAGUUCCUGGGUAUAAAUAGGCAUUGAUUCCACAGAUGUUAAGGGAGUUCCUGGGUAUAAAUAGGCUUUUUGUGGACUUCAGAAUUUCCGGACAAUUAUUCCAGAAUUUGUGAACAGAUGUAUGUAAGUUCAGCAGUUUUGUCCGUGCCCCCCCCCCCCCCUCUUCCCUUUUUUUUUCCCUUUUCAGCUUUUCAGUGGUUCUUUAACAAUAGAUUUCACCAGCAAAUCAGUUUGUAUUGUGAUUUUUGUGGGUUUAUGAAAUGAACAUUUUUAUUUGAUACUUCAAUGAGGAUCCCAUGAUCCCUGGCAGUGGUGUGUGCCGGAUCCUAUGAUCCCUGGCAGUGGUGUGUGCCUGUUAAAUUCUCAACAAAUUCUCAACAAGAUACACAUUUAAAUUUUACAACAGGUGAUUAAACUGCUGUGAGGAGACAAGCAAAAUGUAUUUUUUGUAAAUAAUAAAAAAAAAAACAACAACACUAUUUUAUCACCAAAUUGAUCUGUUUGUUCUUGUUGUGAUCCAGAUAUUUUGGUCGGCUGUGUGUGGCUGCUGACAGCAAGUGGGACGACAUCUUCUCCCAUGUUUGGGCUGUGCUGGGUCAAGGUCAAGCCAUCCAAGGUCACAGUCCGACUGUGGACACCGAGAAGGCCUGGGAGGUCGUGGCUGUGAUGGUGAAUGCUGGGAGGAAAGCCCUGAAGGAGCAGACGGGGAUGUAAGGCGGGGAUAUCAGUUACUAGCAUGUUGAGGCCUGGAUGCAGGGAUAUCAUUUACUAGGAUGUUGAGGGCUGGAUGCAGGGAUAUCAUUUACUAGGAUGUUGAGGGCUGGAUGCUGGGAUAUCAUUUACUAGGAUGUUGAGGGCUGGAUGCAGGGAUAUCAGUUACUAGGAUGUUGAGGGCUGGAUGCAGGGAUAUCAGUUACUAGGAUGUUGAGGGCUGGAUGCAGGGAUAUCAGUUGCUAGGAUGUUGAGGGCUGGAUGCAGGGAUAUCAGUUACUAGGAUGUUGAGGGCUGGAUGCAGGGAUAUCAGUUGCUAGGAUGUUGAGGGCUGGAUGCAGGGAUAUCAGUUGCUAGGAUGUUGAGGGCUGGAUGCAGGGAUAUCAGUUACUAGGAUGUUGAGGGCUGGAUGCAGGGAUAUCAGUUACUAGGAUGUUGAGGGCUGGAUGCAGGGAUAUCAGUUACUAGGAUGUUGAGGGCUGGAUGCAGGGAUAUCAGUUACUAGGAUGUUGAGGGCUGGAUGCAGGGAUAUCAGUUACUAGGAUGUUGAGGGCUGGAUGCAGGGAUAUCAGUUACUAGGAUGUUGAGGGCUGGAUGCAGGGAUAUCAGUUACUAGGAUGUUGAGGGCUGGAUGCUGGGAUAUCAGUUACUAGGAUGUUGAGGGCUGGAUGCUGGGAUAUCAGUUACUAGGAUGUUGAGGGCUGGAUACUGGGAUAUCAGUUACUAGGAUUUUGAGGGCAGAAUUUUCCAUGCAUGUACAGAUGCGCUAUUGAAAAAAACAUAGGCUUCAUUCACAAUUGCUAAUGUACAAUGAUUUUCUCUGUCACAAGUUUUACAUUACAUUUGAAUGUACAGCACAAUUUAAUGUCACAAUUUUGUACAUCUCACAAUGCAAUGUUACAAUUUUAGAACAAUUCAUGAUGCAAUGUCACAAUCUUAGAGCACUUUACAAUUUAAUGUCACAAUCUUAGAACACUUUACAAUUUAAUGUCACAAUCUUAGAACACUUCACUGUUUAAUGUCACAAUCUUAGAACAUAUCAAUUUUCAAUGUCACAUUCUUAGAACAUAUCACAAUUCAAUGUCACAAUUGUAAAACACUUUUUGCUAUCCAUAACUUUCAGUCCUUAAAAUGUUAUUUUAUUGUUUCCAAUGUUCUGCACUCAUGAUACACACACACAAUCACUGAAGUUUUAGUUUGGGGACUGUUCUAUGACUAAUCAAAUACAUGUUUCCAGUGUGAUCAUUGUGAAACCUAUUUUCUGAUUUUAUCAAUAAAAUAUUGCAAAGAACUAUAUUGAAAUGUGCUGGCAGAGAAAGCUGAUGUGUAUACGAUUUUAAAUCAGAAUCUGCAGUUUAGUUAGCGAUGUGGCACAUGAAAUUCUGGAAUAUGAUAAAAAAAAUAUAAUGCUUUGUAAAGUUGUUUUUUUAAUGGUGUUUUAUUGUGUAUUUGACUUCUGUUUGAAAUCUCAGUUCGCCCAGUAAGGUUAAGGUGCAACAAAACACCCUGGAGGGCCUGGCCAAAAUACCCAAGCAUGGAAGAGAGAGUCUGACACUGGAGACAGUCGGUGACAUAUCAACAUAUCUGUCCAGGGUAGGUGAUCCUGUACUGAGCUCAGUUUGAACAAGAUGAUUAAAUACAACUUUACAUCAGUUCGAAUGAGAUGAUUAUGUACCACUUUACCUCACUUGAUCUAUGUGACUACAUAAAAUUUCACCUCAGCUUGAAUGAGAUGAUUGUGUACCACUUUACCUCACUUGAUCUAUGUGACUACAUAAAAUUUCACCUCAGCUUGAAUGAGAUGAUUAUAUAGAACUUCACAUCAAUUUGAAAUAGAUUAUUGUAUUGUAUACACUUCACCUCAGUUUAAACUAUUUGAUUAUAAAGAGCUUCACCUAAAAUUGGAUAUUGUACGUGGCUGUAUGCAGUUGGAGCAUAGAUGGAGCUUGGUAAAAGUGUCAGUACAGCUUGACAACAAAUAACAAUCCAUGCUUUUUCCUAUGAUGCCGGUCACUACCUGAUCCUCUGUUAAACAAAACGCUCUUUAAAUGACCUUGGUAUCCCCUCAGGCUUUCGACACUGUCCACCACCCACUGGGUCAGCUCAUGGAAACCCUGGUGGACGUUUUCCGGGCUUCUUACAUCGGUGUUGGCGCCCACCCCCGAUUGCUCCAUCAUGCUGUGCAAGAAGUCAAGUCCUACAUCAGGAGGAUGUACAAAGUUGUCAGGUGAAGAACGCCAGUGUUUAUGGAUGUUGUCUUGAAUUAUCCAGUGUUUGUGGAUGUUGUCAGGUGAAGUAACCAGUGUUUAUGGAUGUUCUCUUGAAGAACUCAGUGUUUAUGGAUGUUGUCUUGAAGAAACAAGUGUUUAUGGAUGUUGUCAGGUGAAGUAACCAGUGUUUAUGGAUGUUGUCAGGUGAAGAAACCAGUGUUUAUGGAUGUUGUCUUGAAGAACCCAGUGUUUAUGGAUGUUGUCUUGAAGAACCCAGUGUUUAUGGAUGUUUUCUUGAAGAACCCUGUGUUUAUGGAUGUAUUGAAUAAUCCAGUAUUUAUGGAUGCUGUCUUGAAGAACCCAGUGUUUUUAUGGAUGUUGUCUUGAAUAAUCCAUUGUUUAAGGACGUUGUUUUAAAUAAUCCUGUGUAUAUGGAUGUUGUCUUGAAGAACCCCAUGUUUAUCGAUAUUGUCUUGAAGAGCCCAUAUCUUAUGGUUAUUUUCUUGAAUAACCCAGUGUUUAUGGAUGGUGUCUUGGAGAACCCAAUGAGGAUGCUAGAUAAAAAUGCCAUAUUAAUACAAGACAGAUAAACUCUUAGUGGCUAGAGUGCUGUGCCAGAAAAGAUGGGAGUUAGAAUGAUGGCACAUUUAAAGUUAGUGGUUAGAGUGCAGUGCUGAGAAAGAAGGCAGCAUUAUUUUGUUAGGACAUUUCUUCUUUUUCUUCUUCUUCUAUAUCUUAAGGACCCACGAUCAAUUUAUUGAUCAUUUUGGCUCCUUUGCAUGUAGAUGGAAUUUGCAAUGUUUCUGUUACUGGUGGUGAUGAGGAAAUUAUGCACUAGGGGUUUGAAGGCUGGAGGCAUUUUUACACUUCUGCUCAGUUUCUUUGCCUUGCUAACAUUUAAAAGGGAAAAAGGAAGACUUUAUGGUGUAUCCAUCUCUGAACAACUCUAGUAGAAUUUUUAAGGAUACUGGCACAAAACUCACCAUUGGAGAUGCUGGUUCAUGAUAUUUACACUUUUUAGCCACACUUGUGAUGGACAUUUCAUUGUUGGACAUUUCAUUUUUGGACAUUUGACUGUCGCACAUUUUAUUGGUGGACAUUUCAUUGUUGGACAUUUUACGACCACUGAAUAGAAUCCAAUAAAGCCAGCAAUUUCUUUCUUUCUUAUUCCUCUCCUAGAGUUCUGUUUCCUGCCCUCCCUGCCAAUGGUGGACCAGUUCAUGUUUAUCCAUUUAAGAGUGACAUCCCUCGCACUACAGAAGAGGCCAAAGUGUUCAUUGAAGGUCUGGAGACAGAGGACCCAAACAUGUAAGGAAACGAUGGGGGUGGGGCAAGAUCUUAUUUUACUUUAACAAGAACUUAAAUAUUAUACCACAAAUUGGUUAUGAAAAUAAAAAGUUCAGGUCAUAUUUGAUGUUAGUGGGCCUUUUGCAUUGAAUCAGCCUCGAUAUUCAUAAUAUGAGAAGACAAAUUUCUGGUAUGAAGAAGUGCAUGUUUGUAGCUGUUCACUUACUAGCCAUGUAGGAUGAAUCCACUAACAAAUUUAAUUUGGUCAGUCUACUGGACAGUAUGGAGAGGAGUGCUUUCAGGACCAGCAAAAAUUAAUUAAAAAAUAUUUCAAGUUAGUUUCUUCUAGGUCAGUUCUGGACAUUUAAUGCUGUAAUAUAAAUCAAUGAAUAAGACACAAUUUGUAGAACAGUAUAGUAAAGCUUUACUUAUAAGACAAAAUGACUAAAUGCCUUCUUCAUCAGAACAACAAAAAGAAAAACAAAAUAUUUCAUUUUGAUAAACAUUUUAUUAUAUUCUAGGUAUUAAAUAAAUAAAAGAAAGGAAAAAGGGUGGGUUUUGGAGUAGAAAAUAAAAGAAUGGAAGGGCAUUAUAUUAACAUAGAUGUGAGAGGACAUAAAAAUGGAAUUGGAAGGUUAUUGUGUUAACAUAGGUCUGACAGGAAAUGAAAAGGAAGUGGAUGGUAUUAUGUUAACAUAGGUCUGACAGGAAAUGAAAAGGAAGUGGGCGGUAUUAUGUUAACGUAGGUCUGACAGGAAAUGAAAAGGAAGUGGGCGGUAUUAUGUUAACAUAGGUCUGACAGGAAAUGAAAAGGAAGUGGGCGGUAUUAUGUUAACAUAGGUCUGAGUGGAAAUAGGACAUUGCAUCUUUUUUUUUUCAGUUCCGUUCUCACUGCUGCCGGGCUGCUGUAUCCGAUUUUACUCCCCAAGAUUUAUCCUCCCCUGUUUGACCUGUAUGCCCUCUACAAUGAGUCCCAUGAUGACCGCUACUGGGAGAGAGUGACCAAGCUCAACAGACAGAGUGACAUGGGAUUGAUGGCAUAUCUCGGGAUAGAGCAGUGAGUUUGUAGGGUAGAGCAAUGAGUUUGUAGGAUAGUGCAGUGGGUAUGUAGAUAGAGCAGUGGGUUUGUAGCAUAGAGCAGUGAGUUUGUAGAACAGAGCAGUGAGUUUACAGCAUACAGAUAAGUGGCUGAAUAUCUGGCCAAUGUUUGCUGUGAGAAAUUUUUUUUUAUAAAGCUGACCAGACAGUCUAAAGAUUAUCCAAUUCAUGCAAUUCAUUGAAAUUCAUGGAUAUGAUCCACUUACCUAUUAUUUUGGUCACAUUUAAUUUAAUUUUAAUCCUACCCUCUUGGUCUUUGACACUUAUUAUGCCAACUCUAAUAGCCCAGGCCUUGUCAUAAGUACUCUGUUAUUUAAGACCUGGGCUUUAACAGAGUACUUAUGACUUCACUUUAAGUCUAGAUGUCUUCACUUUAAUUCUAGAUGUCUUCACUGUAAUUCUAGAUGACUUCACUCUGGCUCUAGAUGACUCACUUUUUUCUGAUGACUUCACUUUAAGUCUAGAUGACUUCACUUUAAUUAUAGAUAAUAUCACUUUAAUUCUAGAUGACUUCACUUUAAUUCCAGAUGACUUCACUUUAAUUUUAAAUAACUUUUCUUUAAUACUAAAUGAAUUCACUUUCAGUCUAGAUGACUUAACUUAAAUUCUAGAUGACUACACUUUAAUUCAAGAUGACUUCAUCUUAAAUCUAGAUGACUUCACUUUAAGUCUAGAUGACUUAACUUUUUUCAAAAUGACUUCACUGUAAGUCUAGAUGACUUCACUUUAAUUCUAAAUGACUUUACUGUAUUUCUAGAUGACUUUACUUUAAUUCUAAAUGACUUUACUUUAAUUCUAAAUGACUUUACUUUAAUUCUAAAUGACUUAACUUGAAUUCUAGAUGACUUCACUUUAUUUCUAGAUGAUUUUACUUCAUUUCUAGAUGACUUUACAAGGUUAUUGCCGCAUAACAUUGCUGAAUAAAAUAUAAUUGGUGUUAAUGCUUUAGUCAUACUAAUGACAUAAUAAUGACAUACUAAUGACAUACUACUGACAUAAUAAUGACAUACUAAUGACAUCCUACAUUCUUAUAUUUAAUUCUUUGAUCUCCUCAGACGAUUUUGGCUGAUGGAAGAAAUUCUUGAACAUGACAAAACACAGGUAGGCAUUGAGCCAUGUUAUUUUAAGCAGUUGGUCCUCAACAUGACAAAACACAGGUAGGCAUUGAGCCAUGUUAUUUUAAGCAGUUGGUCCUCAACAUGACAAAACACAGGUAGGCAGUGAGCCAUGUUAUUUUAAGCAGUUGGUCCUCAACAUGACAAAACACAGGUUGGCAGUGAGCCAUGUUAUUUUAAGCAGUUGGUCCUCAACAUGACAAAACACAGGUAGGCAUUGAGCCAUGUUAUUUUAAGCAGUUGGUCCUCAACAUGACAAAACACAGGUAGGCAUUGAGCCAUGUUAUUUUAAACAGUUGGUCCUCAACAUGUUUUUUUAAGUAUUAUAAACAGCAAAUGUCCUCAUGCAUAUGAUAUUUAAGCACACACUGAGUUAGAAAUAAAUGUGUCUUCUUCCAUCCCAUUGUCUAGAAGCUGUCCACCAUAAAGGAUGUUUGCUAUGCAGAAGCUGUGGACGUACUGCAGCAGUUAAGGUGGGUCCGGAAGUUCACUUGUCUAUAAGAAAAGCAGUUCCCCCAAUCAUGUGACUUCCUCACUAUUAUUGUAUUUUAAAUUUAAUGGGACAGGACACAAAUUCUUGUGGAAUGUGUGGGAAAACGGUAACCUACUUAAACUUAACUGAUUACAGAAGUCACUAAGAAUGGUACUAUAUCGCUGUAUAGUAAUUAUGUUUAUCAAUUUUAUGAGGAGUUUAAACAAAUUUAUUGGCAGUGUUGCAGUGCACUUGCUAGAAUUUUACAUAAAUAGGAUAUUGUAAAUGCAGACAAUUUGUGCCAUGAUCUAUCACACGACCGCCAACUUGGUUGCCAAGACCCAAAUAAAAUAUCGUCUGCUGCUAAGAUUAGGAAUAAAACGUUAAAAUUUAAUGAAAAAAUGUUCGCCGGUACAUAAAUUCUGCGGUGAGCGUAGCUACUUUAUUGCAUCUGUCUAGAUGCCAGUAAAUGGAACUGCUCAUUUCUGCCAAAGAUAAUCAGGGACUGGAUCAAACUUUCAAAAGAAACAGUUGAGGCGAAAACGCUUGAAACAUUUGCAUCUAUUGCCUCAGGCCUUCCAACCCCGAGUUCAUGAUACCCUCACUGAGUAGCUUUUGCAACCAGUGAAAUAUCUUCUUCAACACCAGGCACAGAAACAUUGCAAAUCCCCUCUACAUGCAUAGGCACCAGAAUGAUCAAUAAAUUGAUCAUGGGCUCUUAAGAUAUAGAAGAAAAAGAUCUUUGGCAAGAAGCGGCGACGACCUGUGGUUAGUCUCUUUCCUCGCGUAAUUUCAGCCAGUAGGGCCUACACACAAAGAAUUCACUGUCACUUAACCUAACCUGAACCCUUAAAGUAUCCCUAAACCUAACCCUAACCCUAACCCUAAUCCCUAAACCUAACCCAAACCCUAAAACUAGCCCUAAAGCCUCAAGUAAAAAACAUGUAUGUGGCUGCAAUAACACACUGUGGCAAGAAAACUAUAACAAUGAAGAAAAACAAUAAAAAAUAAUUGUAAAAUAAUUCAAUAAUGAAAACCCAACUUACAGUGUCAUAGAAUACACUUCUACACACUUUAUUCCAGGUUCCAACAAAAAGAAUUUCAAGAAAAUGAAUAAAAUGCAAGGCCUUCAAUGCCAAAUCAUUUUGAAAUAUGGCGGAAAAAUUAAAAUAUUAUAAUUAUCCAACCAAUGAAAUUUUAACAUUAUAAUUAAUCGACCAUUACAAAUUUAAUUCAAAACAUGCCAUCAGUAAUAUUAAUGGAAAUUUUACUCUAGUUACAACAAUGAGGGGAGUGAAUCCAAAGCACAAACUUUACAAAAAUCACAAAAUGAUGUCAUGGCACCAAUUCUCUGCAAUUGCCCUAGGGUGCCUUAGGGAAACAUGGAUUCAGCAAGGGUGCCUUAGAGUAAAAUGCAUUCAGCAAGGGUGUCUUAGGGUAACAUGCAUUCAGCAAGGGUGUCUUAAGGAAACAUGGAUUCAGCAAGGGUGCCUUAAGGAAACAUGCAUUCAGUAAGGCUGCCUUAAGGAAACAUGCAUUCAGCAAGAGUGCCUUAGGGAAACAUGCAUUCAGCAAGGGUCUCAUUAGAAAACAUGCAUUCAGCCAGAGUGUCUUAGGGAAACAUGCAUUCAGCCAGAGUGUCUUAGAGAAACAUGCAUUCAGCAAGGGUGCCUUAAGGAAACAUGGAUUCAGCAAGAGUGUCUUAGGGAAACAUGCAUUCAGCAAGGGUGCCUUAAGGAAAACAUGCAUUCAGCAAGGGUGUCUUAGGGAAACAUGCAUUCAGAAAGAGUGCCUUAAGGAAACAUGCAUUCAGCAAGAGUGCCUUAGGGAAACAUGCAUUCAGCAAGGGUGCCUUAAGGAAAACAUGCAUUCAGCAAGGCUGCUUUAGGACAUCCUCGAUUCAGCUAGGGCGCCAAGAGCAAAAUAAAAUUGUGCACCAGUGAAUUGAUGAUUUUCUUUUUUUUGAAUUUUUUUGCCAUCACAUCGGGUAAUGUACGGUAUGUUAACAACAAAAUGUUGAAACUUAGUUAAUGCUGUGCUUUUUUUAAACAUGUGUUGGUCAAAUAAGCCUGCUAAUUUCACAGCACAUCCACACUAUCCUUAUUUUUGUGACUGUUAUUUUGAAAAUGGGCAUGUUUCUGGCUUCAGAUCAUUGUGUCUAAAUUAAGGAAACCUUCCUUGACUUUUUAGAAAUGAUUUUAGACAUCACUAAACAUGUCAACAUAACAAGACCUGACCUCCGACCUUAUGUUAUUUACAUUUUCAGUACAGCGUUCAGCCCUCUGGAGAAGCUGAAGAUAAUUGAACAGACGUUCAAUGAGAUUACAAAGGUAAAACAGUAGUAAAUAAUACAGAUUAUAGCCAUUAAAAUUACUGAUUUAAAACAAAAUUUAAGAUUUCACAGAUUUAUUUAUCAGAGAAAAUUUUCAUCACCAGCCAUAAUGAAGUGAUGGCCACGCUUGUAGUGCAUUACCUUGAAGUGAUGGCCAUCUUGUUUGGAGAUGGACAGAUCUAUUUAGCAUGUGACCUUUUUUGUCAAGUGAAGCCCCUCUUACUGAUCAGCUGUUUUCUUUGAAUCCUGUCAGACUGUGACCCAGGCUUUGAAGGAUGAACACAUGUGGUGCAUGGACGACCUGUUCCCCAUCUUCCAGUUUGUUGUGGUCAGAGCCAAAAUCCACCAUCUUGGAGCUGAACUGCAGAUGAUUGAAGACUUGAUGGAACCCCACAUGGAGCACGGGGAGUUUGGCCUUAUGUUCACCACACUCAAGGUUUGUAUGUUCACCACACUCAAAGUUUGUAUAUUGACCACACUCAUGGUUUGUAUGUUCACCACACUCAAAGUUUGUAUACUGACCACACUCAUGGUUUGUAUGUUCACCACGCUCAAGGUUCGUAUGUUCACCACACUCAAGGUUUGUAUGUUCACCACACUCAAGGUUCGUAUGUUCACCACACUCAAGGUUUGUAUGUUCACCACACUCAAGGUUCGUAUGUUCACCACACUCAUGGUUCGUAUGUUCACCACACUCAAGGUUUGUAUGUUCACCACACUCAAGGUUUGUUUGGUCGUACAUUAAAUACACUCAAGCUCAAACCAAUUCAAACAAAGCAACACCGGCACUCAGACUAUACGGGACUCGCAAACCUUGGAUUGUAACUCAUCUAAGAGAAUGAAACCCCUACGUGCAGCAAGCGCAGCCAGAGCUGGAAGUGGAAUUAAAAACCUCAAAAAAUACAUGUAGGGAAUGUGGGGCGGAUUUCAAACUGUAGGGCAGAUAAGCAACUGUAGGGUACAUUGCCAGCUAUGGGGCAGAUUGUCAGCUGUGUGGGCAGAUCACCAACUGUGUGGCAGAUCACCAACUGUGGCAUAUUGCCAGCUGUGCGGCAGAUCACCAACUGUGCGGCAGAUUACCAGCUGCAGGGAAGAUCACAAACUGUAGGGCAUAUCUCCAUCUAUGGGGCAGAUCACCAACUGAAUGGCAGAUUGCCGAAUGCACCUCCCCACCAUGACCUCCCCGCCAUGACAUCCCUGCUAUGACCUCCCCACUAUGACCUCCCCGCCAUGACCUCCCCACUAUGACCUCCCCGCCAUGACAUCCCUGCUAAUACUUACCUAUACAAUUGGACAAGUGAUGUAAACAAUUAUAAACUAUUUUUGUUUUCUUGCUGAUUGUUUACUAAGAACAAUGUUUUCAAACACAUUUUGGGCCUCUUAAAAAGAAAAAAAACUUUAUUGAAUUAAAGCAUCACCUCAGCCUGAAGUGUAUUGGGAUAGCUAAAAAACUAAUGCGAAAGCAAAUUUGGAUAAAGUGGUCCCUGUUUUGAGAGAUGAAAGGUGCUGAUGUAAGUCAUGUCAUGUAUCUGCUAGUGUCCACAUUAAAAAAAUUUCCAAACCCGGUGUGCGCAUACUAGUGAACCCAAGUCAUUAUGUGAACCAACGUCAUUACAUAAACCCAAUUUAUUGCAUGAACCCAAGUAAUUUCUAGUGAACCCAAGUCAUGUGAACCCAAGGCAUUAGAUUAACCCAAAUUAUUGCAUGAACCCAAGUCAUUGCAUGAACCCCAGGUCAUUACAAAAUUAAAUAAAUGAUCCGUAUAGGACAUUUGUUGUGCACCAAUUCAAAAAGGCACAGUGUCUGUCCUUACUAGAACUUAUUUUUUUAAGAGAAAGUCUUUCUGUUCUGUUUAUAUUUUAUAUUUUUUUUCCAGGCUUGCUAUUUCCAAGUCCAGAAUGAAAAGAUGCCACGGCAGUGAACUGACUCUCUGCCACACCACUGAAGGGAUUCCCUUACCUCCCUUGCCUUUGGUUAACAUUUGACCUAAAAAGAAUUGAAAUGUCAAAACAAUGCUGACAUUAGAAAUAAAUAAUUAAUGUCAAAUGAAAAUAUCCCAGUCUACAAUUUGGAGGCAUGUCAACAAGCAAAGAGAGGGAACUCCUGCUAUCCAACAUGUGAUAUUUCUAAUCCAAAUAUUGAUCAUAAACACACACAAAAAACAAUAGCUAUUGUGUAGUUAAGAGCUACAUGUAAAUAUGAAGCUCUUUACAGGAAGGGUUACACCAGUUUUAUUACAUAUCUCUAUUGUGGCUACAUUUUUCUACACAUUUUUCUAUCAGCUCUGAUUCAUUAAAGAAAACAAUUUAGUUUGGUCAACACAUCCUCCAUUCGACACAUCCUCCAUUAGACACAUCCUCCAUUCGACACAUCCUGCAUUUAACAUCCAAUUUACUGACAUCAAACAUUCAAAUGUAAUUUAAAGAGUUAUUAUAAUUAUUUGUCUGUUGUUAUAUGUUAUUACGUGAUUUUUAUGCCGGUAAUGUAAAUUGUUAAUUAUUAUACUUUUUCUUCAUUUAAUUUUGUUUGAAUUUUUGGAGUUUGAAUUGAUGAAUGUGAUGAAACCAGUUUUGUUGAUCGUAGCUCAGUCAAAGUAGAAAAUGGAAUGUACUUGAUAUGUGGCCUAUUGCCAUGUGUAAAUAAAGUCAACUCUUCAAGUAAACAUGUCCUCUUUUUGUCUCCCCUCUUAGAAGUUGUCUCCCGUAAUCUGCUGAUUGUUUUGGUGAAUUUUUUUUUUAAAGUUCUCAAGUCAUAAAUUACUUGACUUGGCCUCCAUAAUUUUUUUAAAAAGUUCUAAAGUCAUAAAUUACUUGACUUGGCCUCCAUAAUUUUUUUUUACUCUUGAUUUAUUUGCUGUUUGAUUGUUUGUUGUGAUUUUUACCAUUUUCUUUUGUAAACCUCAAAGGUUUUAUUUUAAAUAAGUUUCAUUUGUUCAUUACUUGACAUCGAGCAGGUUAGUUAACAUCUAACAGCUUAGUUGACAUCUAUUGACAACUAACAACUUAGUUAACAUCUAACAGGUUAACCCCUUUUAUUAAAUUAUGUUUGUGUCAUUUUAUUUACUGUAAAUAGUCCGUCCCCGUCCCCCCACCCCUUUUCACAAAGCGGUGGAGUUGUGGUUGUUCAUAUAUUUCCUCUGUUUAUACUAAACAUUAAAGAAUUCUUUUGAGAUAUUUAUUUUUCCAGAACCAGAGAUUAUUAUAAUUUCUGUUUUUUUAAAUGAUUUUAAGUAUGAUUAAGAUGUGCGGUAUGAUGGACAUUAGCAGUAAAGUGGAGGUGAGCAGUAUGAUGGAGCUGAGAUGUAUGAUGGUCAUAUAUUUACUCUGUUUACACUGAACAGUAAAGAAUUUCUUUAGAGGUAUUUAUUUUUUCAGAACCAGAGAUUAUUAUAAUUUCUGUUUUUUUUAAUGAUUGACUCAUAUAUUGGUUUUGAGCACCUGACAUAUAAAAAUGUUAUCAUCUCUCGACAAGUUUUUAAAAAUGGAUUUAAAUCUGUCAAAAUAUGUUUAACUGGUGAACAAAGUUGACAAGACUUGUAAAAAAAAACAAAUAAAAAUAACAAAUAAAAAAAAAUUAAUUUAUAUGAAGUGAAGAAUAAACAAAAUUGGUUGUGAGCAUGGGUGGAUCCGGAGGCCAAGCCCGCACCUAGUGGGAGACAACCAUGACACUUGUCAAGGGGCUUGAGCUAAUCGGGGGGCCUAACAUUUUUCAAGUUUUAAAAUAUACGCACAUGUUUGAAAUACGAAAGGGGCCCGAUCUCUGUCAGCUGUCUGAGGCUCAGGAUUUUCUAGGUGCGGGCCUGCGGUGGCAGUAUGAUGGAGAUGAGCAUUAUGAUGGAGAUGAGCAGUAUGAUGGACAUGAGCAGUAUGAUGGAGAUGAGCAGUAUGAUGGAGGUCAAAUAUUAGAAGAAAACCCGGUUAAUAGUUCCACUGUGUCGUACCGGUACUUGGCCCAUUUGCCAAACCAAUACAUGUGCUUUUGGGACUAAUGAGAAAUGUUUAUCAUUUGAAUAAAUUAUUUUUCAAAAAUUCAUUUCUCCAAAUUAUACUUCAAAGUAAACCUUUCUGAUUUGUUAAAAUUGUAUACUUCUAACUUGUAUUAUAAAACUAACAUGUAUGAUACUAACCUGUAUGAUACUAACCUGUAUAAUAUCAGCUUAUUUACUUUAUAAAAUUGAAACGCCUGUAGCAUAAACUGAAGUUAAGUGUAACUUGUUUUUUUCUUCUAUAGACUUCAGUAAAUGCCAUUUUUAUCAAUUGUCCUCUUUGCCGUGCUCACAACGUAACACAAUAAAAUCACAGACAAAACAUAACAGAACAACAUCACACAACAUCAUCACAGAGCAACAUCUAAAAUGUCCUUUUAUUGUUAAAAAUUAUUUUACUUUUAAUAAAGUUGUAACAAAUUUUUCUUUCUUGAGUCAUUUUAAAACUUCCCGUGAGUGAAACAAAUGACCUGCCCACCCCACCCCCCCACCCCCAUUUUUUUUUCGGUGCCACCCACCUCCACUAAACUUACCAUUAGCAAUUGAAAAAUUUUUAAUUUUUAUAACAUUUUCUAAAUCUAUUACUUGAAAUGUUCAUUUAGACUACUGAAAAACACACCAGGAUCUUGGAAUCCCCUUGUUGCCUGUUUCCAGCUAUACCCAACUCUUUGGUUGCAGUUGAACUUUUUGUUUCCUCUGUCGAGUUGUUUCUGUACCGUACUUGUCACAUUAAAGGAUCUUGACAUUCAUUUGUUAUAUUUCAUCUUCCUUCCAUUUGAGCAGAUUGUAUCAUUUCAUUACAAAUGACAUUUUGUAAAUCAUUUCUUCGGCCCACAAUGACUUUUUUCUUUGUUACAACAACAGCCACUAUAGCAAAUAACAUAGUCCUCAACGACCAAGCCAUCUACUUCCAAGCCAUCUACUUCA